AUGUCUGGCUUCCUCAAGUCGUUGGCGCCGCUCAAAACGGUGCAGGAGAUCCAGUUUGGACUCUUCUCACCGGAAGAGAUCAAGAACAUGAGUGUGUGCCAUAUUGAGUACCCGGAGACUAUGGACGAGUCGAGAACCCGGCCGCGGGAGAAGGGCCUGAACGAUCCAAAACUCGGCACCAUUGACCGCACCGCCAGAUGCGGUACAUGUGGUGAGGAGCAGCUGGAGUGUCCUGGUCACUUUGGCCACAUCGAGCUGGCUGUUCCGGUCUUCCACGUCGGCUUCAUCACCAAGAUCAAGAAGAUCCUCGAGUCUGUGUGCCACAACUGCGGGAAGCUCUUGGAAGAUGAAUGCUUACACGAAUGUCUGCAGCGCAACCCUGCGUUCGUACUGGCCAGUAGGCUUCGCGACCCAAAGCGACGUUUCGAGCAAAUUACGAAGUUGUGCAAAAACAAAUCAGACUGUCAAGCCGACACUGAGCCCGACAAAGACGAGCAAAACUUCGGCGAGGACCCCAAGAAGCCGAAGCAACCGGGGCACGGGGGAUGCGGCAACAUCCAGCCGACGAUUCGCAAGGAACAGCUCAAGCUCAUUGGCACUUGGAAGAUGGCGAAGAACGAAGAGACUGGUGACGAUGGCGGUGUCGAGAAGCGUCCCAUUACACCACAGAUGGCCCUGAACAUUUUCCGGAACAUCUCCGAGGAGGACCUGGCACGACUCGGACUGAACGUGGACUAUGCCCGUCCAGAGUGGAUGGUACUGACCGUGCUGCCUGUGCCACCACCAGCAGUUCGGCCUAGUAUCUCGGUCGACGGCACGAGCCAAGGCAUGCGAUCUGAAGACGACUUGACAUACAAGCUGUCCGACAUCAUCCGUGCCAACUCAAACGUUCGACGAUGUGAGCAGGAGGGCUCGCCGCAGCACAUCCACGAAGAGUUCUACUCAUUGCUGCAGUAUCAUGUUGCUACCUAUAUGGACAACGAUAUUGCUGGCUUGCCACGAGCGCAACAAAAGACUGGUCGUCCACUCAAGGCUAUCCGAGCACGAUUAAAGUCCAAGGAAGGUCGUCUUCGCGGUAAUCUGAUGGGCAAGCGUGUCGACUUCUCAGCACGUACUGUCAUCACUGGUGACCCCAACCUGGAUCUCGACCAAGUCGGUGUCCCAAGAUCGAUUGCUCGCGUUCUCACUUUCCCGGAGCGGGUCACUGUCUACAACAUCCACAAGCUGCAGGGCCUAGUUCGAAACGGACCACUCGAGCAUCCAGGUGCCAAGUUUAUCAUUCGCGAGGAUGGCUCACGUAUCGAUCUUCGGUACCACAAGCGCGCAGGCGAGAUCAGCUUGCAGCUUGGUUGGAUCGUUGAGCGACACGUGGUCGAUAACGACUACAUCAUCUUCAACCGUCAGCCAUCGCUGCACAAGGAGUCUAUGAUGGGUCACAGAGUCAAGGUCAUGCCCUACUCGACCUUCCGUCUCAACCUGUCGGUCACGUCGCCCUACAACGCCGAUUUCGACGGUGACGAGAUGAACUUGCACGUUCCUCAAAGUCACGAGACACGAGCUGAGGUCGCUAACCUCUGUGCUGUACCGCACAACAUCGUCUCGCCACAGAAGAACGGUCCUCUCAUGGGUAUCGUCCAGGACACUAUGGCGGGUAUUUACAUGAUGACUCGGCGUGACGUGUUCCUCGACUACGAGCAAGUCAUGAACAUUCUACUUUGGGUGCCUGGCUGGGACGGUGUUGUUCCCCCACCAGCAAUCAUCAAGCCACUUCCGCGCUGGACGGGUAAGCAGAUAGCAUCGCUUACCCUCCCAGCCGGCUUGAACAUUCUUCGUCUGAAGAAAGAUCACAUGCCGCUGACAGAAGAGAAAGACGACGGUCUGGUGAUUCAGAACGGCGAGAUCAUCUGGGGUCGCAUGGUCAAGGGCAUCGUUGGUGCCUCUGGUGGUGGUGUCGUCCAUUGCAUCUUCAACGACAGAGGUCCUGAUGCGGCUGUUGAGUUCUUCAAUGCCGCUCAGCGGGUUGUCUGCUACUGGCUGUUGCAUAAUGGUUUCAGUGUCGGUAUCGGUGACACGAUUCCCGACGAGUUUAUGGUCGGCAAGAUUGAGGAAGAGAUCGCGGAACGGAAGGCAGAGGUCGAUGUUCUGGAGUCAGAGGUCCAAGGUAAUGAAUUGGAACCUGCUCCAGGUAUGACCAUCAGAGAGACCUUCGAGUCGAAAACCAAAGCUGCACUCGACAACGCUCGAAACAAGUCUGGUGACGUUGCUUACAAGCACAUGAGGGCUUGCAACAACGUCGGAAUCAUGGUCAAGUCUGGGUCCAAGGGCUCAACUACGAAUGUCUCGCAGAUGACGGCGGCCGUUGGCCAGCAGUCGCUUGAAGGCAAGCGUCUUCCUUUCGGCUUCAAGUACCGAGUGCUGCCGCAUUUCCCCAAAGACGACUACUCGCCGGCAUCCAGAGGAUUCGUGGAGAACUCGUAUCUGCGUGGCCUAACGCCGCAAGAGUUCUUCUUCCACGCGAUGGGUGGUCGUGAAGGUCUUAUUGACACUGCUGUCAAGACUGCAGAGACUGGUUACAUCCAGCGUCGUCUAGUGAAGGCUCUGGAAGAGGUCAUGAUCAAGUACGACAGCACGGUUCGCAACUCUCUGGGCGAUAUCCUCCAGUUCACUUACGGCGAGGACGGUCUCGAUGCCAUGUUCAUUGAAGAGCAGCCACUGUCGAUCAUUGCUGCAUCGCACGAGCAAUUCGACAAGAAGUACAAGCUUGAUCUCAUCAACCCAACCAGCAAGGACCAGAGCCUUUCCCCCAACAUGCUGGAGAUGGCCAACGAGCUGCGCGGUGACGUUGAGGUGCAAAAGCUGUUCGACGCUGAGUACGAAGCCAUCGCCAACGACCGAGACAAGAUUCGCAAGAGUGUUGAUGAUGACAAGGAGCAGAGGUAUCUUCCCCUCAACCUCAGCCGCAUGAUCAUGAACGCGAAGGACAAAUUCAAGAUCAACGACAACAGCAAGAGCGAUCUCGACCCACGUGAGACUAUCCCGAAGGUCGCGGCGUUGCUCAAGCGUCUGCAGGUCAUUCGUGGAGAAGACGCACUGUCCAUUGAGGCUGAUCUCAACGCGACUUUGCUGUGCAAAGCUUUGUUCCGAUCUCGUCUGGCCUUCAAGCGUGUCGUCAACGAGGAUCAUCUGAGCAAGCUAGCCCUGGACAACAUUCUUGGAGAUAUCGAGAAUCGCUUCUUGCGAGCACUCGUCAGUCCCGGCGAGAUGGUUGGUGUCUUGGCCGCGCAAUCGAUCGGAGAGCCAGCUACCCAGAUGACGCUAAACACAUUCCAUUUGGCUGGUGUGACUGCAAAGACUACCACCAAGGGUGUGCCUCGUCUCAAGGAAAUCUUGAAUGUGGCUGAAAAUAUCAAGACACCCAACAUGAAGGUCUUCCAGUUGCCGGAGUCCAUUCCAUCGAAGGACGAUGCGAAGGACCUUCGGUCCAAGGUCGAAUUCACCAGUCUGAGAGGUGUCACCGACGAGACAGAGAUCUACUAUGAUCCAGAUGUGCAAAGCACUGUUAUCGAGGCCGACAAGGACAUGGUUGAGGCCCAUUUCAUCAUGCCAGAUGACGACGAGAGCCCUGACAUGCAGGGCAAAUGGCUACUGCGCAUUACACUUGGACGUGCACAAUUGCUUGACAAGGGCUUGAGCGUCACCAACGUGGCCAACAGAAUCAAAGAGAUGUUUGGUCGCGACAUUGCCGUCAUCUUCUCAGAUGACAACGCUGACGACCAAAUCAUUCGGGUGCGCAUGAAUACUGGAGGGUCCAGCAAGGACGAUGAAGAGACCGAAGAAGAGGAAGACACCCUCAAGCGUCUCGAAGGCCACAUGCUCGAUACGGUCGUGCUUCGUGGUGUUCCAGGCGUCCGUCGUGCUUUCGUGUCCAUGGAGACACGCCUGUACGAAGCUCCAGAUGGCGCACUCAAAUACUCUUCCGGAGAAAGCAAUUGCCAGGAGUGGCUCCUUGACACCGACGGCGUGAAUUUGAAGGACAUCCUGGCUGUUGAAGGCGUCGACCCAACGAGGACGACUUGCAACCACUUCCAGUCGAUCAUGAAGGUGUUCGGCAUUGAAGCUGUCCGCGCGUCUCUGAUGCGAGAGAUGAAGGACGUGCUGACCAACGAUGGUUCUUACGUCAACCACCGACACAUGGCCAUUCUUUGCGAUGUCAUGUGCGCAAGGGGUGAGCUAAUGGCUGUGACUCGUCACGGUAUCAACAGAUCCGACACUGGUGCACUCAUGCGUUGUUCCUUCGAGGAGACUGUCGAGAUCUUGUUUGAUGCUGCAUCAUCUGGAGAGCUUGACGACUGUCGAGGUGUUUCUGAGAACAUCAUUCUUGGACAGUUGGCGCCUAGCGGUACCGGCGAGUUCGACAUGCUCCUCGACACUGAGAUGUUGAAGACCGUCAGUGCGACACAACGUCCGGUCCAGCACAUGGGCAUGGGCGGUGCUGGCUCACCGAUGGCAGAGGGUGCGAUGACCCCGUACGACGUCGGCUCGCCGAUGUCAGAGAGUGGUUUCGCUGGCCCAGAUUAUGGCGCCAGCUUUUCGCCAAUCAUCAAUCCUGGUCAAGACGAAGGUGGCGGCCUUACUGCCUACGGCGGAGGCUUCAACGGCGGCAUGAGUCCUUACAGUGGCGGCAUGAGCCCAGGCUAUGCUCCGACCAGUCCAUUCAGCGGCAUGAGCCCGACGUCGCCAGCUUAUGGAUACUCGCCGACUUCACCAAGCUUUGGCAACUACUCGCCAACAUCGCCAGCGAUGGGCAUCACCAGUCCAGCUUAUGCACCGACGUCUCCAACAUACUCGCCUGCGAGCCCGGCUUAUACGCCAACGUCUCCAACUUACUCACCAACAUCGCCUGCAUACAGCGGCGGAGGUCGUGGCAGUAAGGUGUCUCCGACAUCGCCCUCGUACAGCCCGACGUCGCCUUCAUACUCGCCGACGUCUCCCUCGUAUUCUCCUACAUCGCCAAACUACAGCCCAACCUCACCGGCGCACGCUCCAGGCAGUGCAACAUCCCCCAGGUACUCGCCAACGUCACCGCAGUACAGUCCGACGUCGCCGCAAUACAGUCCAACUUCGCCCGCGUACUCUCCCACAAGCCCUGCGUAUCGCGCGAAUGGUGUCGGUAGCAGCAACUCACCGACAUCGCCAAGCUACAGUCCACGGUCACCAGUCUACAGUCCUACGAGUCCAGCUCAGGACGCCGACUCGCCAAACUCGCCCGACAAGUACAGCCCAACGAGUCCGCAACACAGCCCUACGAGUCCGGCAUAUUCGCCAGCCUCCCCAAAGGAGGAGUAA